CUCGUCCAUUGACCAUUACUCAUUAGUCAUUAGGUAUUGUAUUGCUCCCUCAACUCAUUGACAAGUGUCGGGCGAUUCUGUUAGGCCUACUAUUUAAUAUUUAUUUAAACUGUAAUACACGAUUUCAAAUAUGUGUCAUAAUAAUAAAACGAAGACGGCAACUAUAACACAAUUGGCUACAGUAUAACCAAAACUAAUGUAACCUAGUUGUAACAAUCUCAAUAGUACAUAAAUAUAAUAAUUACUACGAAAUAACAAUCUUGUAACUAAAAUAACAACCAAGUUAACAACAGAGAAAUAUAUUCCCUUUGUAGUAUCUACUGUACUCUGCCAAUACUCGCUGCUCAUCUACAUCAUUAUUUAUUACUACAGUUGAACUAAUUGAAUCAAAUCAAUGGAAUGGAAUACAGUGCAUUAAAUGUGUUACUCGCCAUUUACCGAAAGAAAUAAUCAGAGUGAGAAAUUGUGUCAGCACAAGACAUAUUGAACACUAAUCUAAGGUGAUACCAUCUAAUAUACUAGGACGUUUUCCUGAAGUUAACAGGAAAUAAAAUGAGUGAGACGUCAGGCAUUUUCUCGCUGCCACCUGAAAUCCUGUGUUACAUUGGCAGCUAUCUCACUCCUAAGGAUUUACUUGCCUUGUCUGGCAGUUGUCAUUACUUACGAGCUGUCUACAAUACGGAUACGCUGUGGGAAGAAUUCACAGAUAAAAGACUUCUAAACACGACUUUGGAUAGCACUACUAGUUUAGUUUUGCCAAAAUACUGUGAACUUCAGAGUAGUACAUUAGAGCCUUUGUGUAAACAUAGGGCUUCUUUUUUAAAGCAGAGUCGGCUGGUUAGUAACAUGAGACAAAAGAAUUUUGUCAAACACACUAUUCCAUUUGAUGGAUAUUUGUCAGAUUUUGAGUUAUCGUUGUCAGUAAACGAACGGCAAAUAACUUACAAUGAUGUGUAUUUGUUUGUACUUGAUUACGGUGACAGUUUUGAAGAAGUUGUAAAAGUAUAUAAUAUUGAAGAAGCACCUUACCUUAUUGCAACCUUAAAAAUUGAAUCGCAAAAUCCUACUGAUUAUGCUAUAGUAAUUUGGAUUCAAGUUGUUGGGAAUAAACUAGUGGUCUGUAAAGAUGGCUGGUUUGACGUUUAUCAUAUACAACUUCCUAUUAAAGAAUUUCCGAUUCUGUAUUCCGUACAAAUGAGUGGACAGGUAGAUUUUGAGUUAAACUGGCCUAUAAUCGUUGGCCACUUCCUGUUUGUUGAAAAUUGCACCUUAAAUAACGUACAUGUGUGGAAUUUAGAAGAUGGGAAAAAACUGGAUGAUAUUGGUCCAAGAAAUCAAAGUUCAGAUUUUGGUAUUGUAGGUUAUUCUAAGGAAUUUAAGUCAAUUAUAUUGUCCUCUUCUAUCUAUAAUAAUUUACCUCAGAUUUUUGUUUAUGACAUAGAAUCGAUGCAGUAUACAUCAUUUUGUCCAGUUUUAAAUAAAAAUGUGUUGAGGUAUGAAAUAUGUGGGUAUAUUGACGCUCACCAUGUUGUGUUACUAAGCCGGGCUGAGAACUUAAGAACGGGUUAUAUUUUUGUUUAUUGCUACAACACAUCUACUUUACUAGCUGAGAAGGAAUUUGAGGCAACAGGUUCUCUUGAUAGUGGUAAUAUUAUUGACAACUUUUUUGUGUUGCCAACCGUAUGGGGUGUUGUAAUUAUGGAUUUAAGAACAUUAGAUACCAUUGCAAGUUUAGAAAUUGGAUCAGACCUUUUUAAAUGUCCUCAAACCCAUUUGCUUUCUGUAGGAUAUAUUGAAAUUGUGUCUCAUAUACAGCACAUUAUAGUUAUGAUGAAACUGGAUGGUGCAGAGGUUUGGGAUUUUGAAAGAAGAAUAAAAUUGAUGGACUUAGUACAAAGUGAGUUCAAAUGUAUUACUGUGAAUGAAACUCAUUCAAAACUUAUUGUUUGUGGUGAAGGUACAUUAAGUGUUUUCAGUUUUUGGUAAAAGUAAAAAUAAAUUGAUGGUGAUCAAGAAA